UUUUUUUCCUAUUCUGAUUUGAUCCAUUUGGAAAUGUUUAUCCAUUAUGUCAUACUAAUACUAAAAUACUAACAAGACCCUUUCAAGGUGGGUUUUUGUCCAGUUGAAUCUGUACUUGAAAACAAGAAAAGAUUGUUCAAAGGCGAUCGUGAUCGAUCAAGUAUGUCUUUCCUUCAGUUUAUCCGCAGCGCCAUUAAUGGCAGUCGAAGCACUUCAUCAAAGAUUGCCCUUUUAGCAAGAUCAACAACUCCUUUCACUAAUCGAUCUUUUUGUUCGAGGUCCGAAUCCGAGAAGAAUAGUACAACACCAUCAGCGGCGUCGUACUACCAUCUAAGCGGUGGACCUACUCACAUGCGUGCUGCUGUGUUUUGGGAACCAGGCAAACCCCUCACCUUUGAAGACUUCCAUAUGCCUCGACCUAAAGCUAAUGAAGUUCUCAUCAAAACUAAAGCCUGUGGAGUCUGCCACUCUGACCUGCAUGUAAUAAAAGGUGAACUUCCAUUCCCUAGUCCUUGUGUUGUGGGGCACGAGAUCACUGGUGAAGUGGUUGAACAUGGACAGCUCUCAGACAGUAAAAUCAUAGAAAGGUUUCCUGUGGGAUCUCAAGUUGUUGGAGCUUUCAUCAUGCCUUGUGGUAGCUGUUCCUUCUGCUCUAAGGGUCAAGAUGACUUAUGUGAGGAUUUCUUUGCUUACAACCGAGCGAAGGGAACCCUUUAUGAUGGGGAAACUCGACUGUUCCUCCGCAGUAGUGGUAAGCCGGUGUAUAUGUAUAGCAUGGGAGGUCUAGCUGAAUACUGUGUGGUUCCAGCACAUGCAUUGGCUGUUCUACCAAAUUCAUUGCCAUACACAGAAUCUGCCAUUUUAGGAUGUGCAGUUUUUACUGCCUAUGGGGCUAUGGCUCAUGCUGCUGAGGUGCGCCCAGGUGAUGCUAUUGCUGUGAUUGGUAUAGGAGGUGUUGGCUCAAGCUGUCUGCAAAUAGCAAGAGCAUUUGGGGCAUCAGAGAUUAUUGCAGUAGAUGUUCAAGAUGAGAAAUUGCAGAAAGCUAAAUUCCUUGGAGCCACUCAUUGUGUAAAUGCAUCAAAGGAGGAUGCAGUGAAGAAAAUAAAGGACAUCACAGGAGGCUACGGUGUUGACGUAGCUGUUGAAGCUUUGGGGAGACCACAAACAUUCUUGCAGUGUGUGCAAAGCGUUCGUGAUGGAGGCAAAGCUGUGAUGAUUGGCCUUACACUAUCUGGUGCUAAGGGGGAGGUGGAUAUAAACCACCUAGUGCGACGACAGAUAAAAGUAAUUGGCUCUUAUGGAGCCAGAGCAAGACAAGAUCUCCCUAAGCUGAUUAAACUUGCCGAAAGUGGCAUAUUUAAUCUAACUGCAGCUGUUUCAAGGACCUGCAAAUUUGAAGAUGCUCCUCAGGCAUAUAAAGAUCUUGAUCAGGGAGCCAUUGCUGGACGCGCUGUUGUUGAGAUAAUGUAAUUUUGAUAUCUACAGCAAGCUCAUCAGUCAUUUGACAUUCAUGUAAACUUCAGUUUCUGGUGGUCUAAUGCUAGCAAACAUUACUGUUGGCGUUAAAUGAAGCAAAGCUGUAAAUACUUGUCAAAAGAAAUAAAGCAAAUUUUGAAACAGGGGUUUCCCAAGAUGUUAUUCUCAGAAAUCUUGCCGGUGUAAUGUGGUGUAAUCUCCAAGUUGAUUAUGCUUCAUGGUGA